AUGGAUACACCAGCGGUUCCGGCACCGCGGGACUCCCGGGAGCAAGCCAUUCUUGCUCGCCUCUCUGUCAUUCGAGAUCAGCUUCUGCUCUUGAAGCAAGAUCGGACAACGUAUAUCCGCAGUCAGGAUGUUAUCCCUUUGUACGAUCAGACUAUCGAGCAGGUCAAGGAGCUCAACGAUAUCAGAGCAGAAACCAGUAACCACGAAGAAAACAGACUGGACAAGGUACUAGAGAGUUGCUUCCAGUUGCUCUCUCUUUUCUAUCUCACCAUCGGUCGAAAUAACGAGGCCCCGGGCGCAUACUCCCUCACAUCUACCAUCAAGCGGCUGCUAGAUCAUCUUACAGAGGCCGCACUUUACUCAGCUAAGGACUUGGAAAGCAUCAGAUCUACAUUAGAAGAGACGGCAUUCGCCAUCAGCCAAGCGCAAAAGACGGAAGAAUCUCAGGCGAAACACUCUCCUUAUCUUCUCACACUGCUAUCGAAACGAGUGGUGUUAUGUCAGAGCAUGCUGGGCAACCUACGAAAGCGCUUAGAAGGUAUCGGGGGCCCGCUGCUCGCCACACAUGAGAAGCUCAUUUCCAUUCUGCGACAAAUUUCGUUGGCCAACACAAAGUCAAAGUUCUCAACAUCUGAAGUACAAAAGCUGCGAAAUCAGCUCCUGGAUGUUGGAAAUAAGCGGAAAGAUGGCAAGUUCGUAGCAGAGGACGGCACAAUACCUCCGGGAGAGGCGGAAAUUAGCGAGCUGUAUGAGCGCUGUGUCAAGUGGUCGGAUCUGGUGUUGGAGAGAAAAGGAAAUGUGCAUGAGCAAUGGCGCCCAACAUACGACAUCUUGGUGGGAAUCCGAAACGACUUGGAGAAGCUUUCCCUGACACAAGCCUGGUCACUCCGCGAAACCGACUUGUACGAUUUCCAACGACAGCUUGACAAGAUUGACGAGAGCAGACAAAACGGCAACUUUUACGACGAUAAGGGCCGGCCAGCAGACCUCUGGACACAACGGACAAUGCUUUACUUGAUUCGACGGAGCUAUGCAUACAUCUACUCAUUCAUGCUUGCCUCUGAGCCGGUAUCAGAGGCUUUGCUCCCCAUUUACAACCAGCUGCAGACUCUCAAGCGAUGUCUCGUGGAGGUCAAGAAGAAUGGUGGCGUGACGUCUGUGCGAGAACUGUACCCUUAUAGCAUGAAGCUCAACUCACUGGACAAUAUGCGAGUAGAAGGCAAGUUUGUUGUUAAUGGCGACAUUCCAGAGGGCCAAGGCAGUGUCAGUGAGCUCUUGGCAGAAUGCUUCGACUUGAACUACGAGUUGCGUGUAGCAGCGGAGGAGGGCACCAAUGGCGACGAGGAAUAA